UUGGUGCUCGUGCUCCAAAAAUAACAUUGUCAAGUGUCAGAACUGUCACUGUCAUUAGUGUCAGAAAUAAUUGUGUCAAUUUUGUGAACGCUUUUCAUAUACAAAUAUUUUUAAGCAAUAUUAAUACCAUCCAACAAAUCGUAUUUUAAUAUUAGUAGAUGAUGAUUAAAUAUUAACAAUGGCUCAAAACAACACUGGUGGAACUUCUUCCAGGCGACAGCAUACAAGAGAUCAUGAUGCAGCUUCUAUUACAUCUUCUAGAAUUGCAGAUAUCUCCGAGUGGGAAGCUAAUGAGGCUCUGCGCCAGAGGGAGCUUGAAGAAGCAAAAGGACGGGCUGCACAAAUGGAAAAAACCAUGAGAUGGUGGUCAGAUUGUACUGCAAACUGGAGAGAAAAGUGGAGUAAAGUAAGGAAUGAACGCAAUAAGGCAAGGGAAGAAUGUAAACAAAUGCGCUCAAAACUUGAUACUGUUCUUAAAGAAACAAAUAACUACAAAAGAGAUAAAGAAGAAUUAGAAUUACAAAAUGAUCAGCUUAAAAAAGAAAUAGAAAAAAUUCAUAUAUUGCUAUUAAAACAUGCAGGUCAAUUUGAUUCGCAAAUUCUAGAAGCUCUAAGUGACGAUCCUCUUAAAGAUUUUGUGUUCAGUACAAACUCACCAGUGAAAGAAAGAGAAAAUGGUGUAACUUCUUCACAAUCCAAUCCUGAAUGUGACAGUACUAUUGAGCAAAAUGUUGAUAGUUCUACGUUUGAAGAAUAUGUUUUACAAGGAGCUCUACCUCGAUUUAAAGAUGCUGAUAAAAAGACUAGUUCUGUGGAUGAAGAUGUUGCUAAUGGCUUGGAGAAACUUUCAAAUGAUUUUGAAGAAGAAUAUAUUUUACAAAAGUUGUCCAUGCUACAAUUAAGGUUAGAAGAAGCUACAAAAACCUUACAAGCUGAAAGAGACGAAAAAUCACAGCUUCAUCGCAGCAUUGAUCGACUUAAUGCUGAGCUUCAAGAAACAAAAGACAGAUGUGAUGAAAUGAAAGAAUCAAGACAAGAUACAAUGCGUGAAAUUUUGUUACUUCAAGAUCAACAUCAAAAGGAGUUACAAUUAAUCAAGGCUGAUUUACAGGAUGAAGCUAAUUCGAGGGAAGGAAUGGAUAAAAGACUAAAUGACCUAAGAGCUGAGUUGGAAAGAUUGCAAGCUGAGAAUGCAGCUGAAUGGGGUAAAAGAGAAAGACUCGAAACUGAAAAGCUAGCCAUUGAAAGAGAUAACAAAAAGUUACGAAGUGAAUUGAGAGAUAUGCAGGAAAGGAUGGAAAGAAGAGGUCGGCCUGUUACAAAUUCCGACGCCGAAAUUAGACAUCUCCAACAAGAACUAGCCGAUAAGAAUAAGGAAAUAACAGAACUGAAACAUUCCCAAAACAAACUGAAGAAAAUGGUUCAAGACAAGAUGACCGAACUGGCCCAUGCUGUACGGAGAGCUGAGCAAUAUGAGACUGAGGUUAAGAAACUUAGAACACGAGUUGAAGAACUGAAACGAGAUUUAGCAGUGGCGGAAGAUGAAUUAGACACAGCCGGAAACAACAUUAGAAAACUCCAAAGGACUAACGACGAGUUGCAGGAACAAGUUGAUAAUUUUCAGUUGCAAUUACAGCACCUCCAUACCAGUUUGGAAAAAGAAGACGGUGGUGAGGAAAUGGCUCAAUUUGAUGAAAAUGAUUGUUUGCAUGGCUAUAAUCUUUCAUAUGCGAAGUAGAGGAUGGUAUUUUGGGAACUUAUCAAGCUUAGGCUUUUGUCGUGCUGACUUUUUAUGCAUGAAAUAUACAGGUUACGUAACUGCAGUUCCUCGAGUUUGUUAGCUCAUCGAGGGACAAAUCUAGAGGAAGGUAGCGACGACGAGACUAAUGAAUUUAUGUAGAAAAUUGUAUUGUUUUUAAAAAUCCAGUAACUACUUCACUUAAUAGGAAGAAAACAAUAAAACCACGUGUAUAUGUUAAAUUAUUUAUUAUUUUUCUACUUGUACAAAUCUGAAACCUAAUUAUCUUUGUAUAUUUGAAAAUAUAUAAUUUAUUUCUUAAA